AUGGGUGGUGCCAGCGAGGGUUUCACCACGCUCCUAACCGCUGCUUUCCACCGAUGCGCCUUGAGAGAAACCGCGUACGCAAUUGCUGUCGAAGCCGAAAAAGCAUUGACUGCAACCAAAGAGAGAGGUGAUGCUGAAGCUGCUGACAAGUCAACGGCUCAAUUCAAUUUUGCGAUGGUCAGUAAAAUAUUGCAGCGUUUAAAGGUGAAUAGCUGCUCAGUGGCCAAUUCUGAUGUUUCGUUUACAGAACAAGAUAUUCCAAAGAACAAAUCUCACUUUUUCUUUGCUUCCGAAGCUCCGAUAGAAAAGUAA